GGUUUUUUUAAUAAGGAAAAUCGACUGAAGUGAAAUUUACCUUUAAGUUUAUAAAUAGUUACUUCUUUUACGACGCUAGAAGUUAAUACAAAGAGGUCACUAGACUAUUACUUUGAUACUAGCAUUGUUUACAACAUGGCUGAUUCCAAUGAUGAUUUGUUGGAGGAUGGUGAUUUAAGUGAAACCAAUUUUGAAGAAUUGGAUCUUGCUGAGGAAGAUGCUCUUUUAGCGGAUGAUGGUGAUGAUUUUAAGCCAAUCAAAUCCAGUCGCAAUGAAGGAGAAAAGAUGAGCCAAGAUGAUGAUGACUACCUUGAGCUAGGAGUUGAUGAAGAUUUGACUUUAAAUGAUGAAGAGGUAACUGCAAAUAAUCAUGACAGUGAUGAUAACUCUGGUGGAGAAAGAACUAGGUUUAAAUCGGAGCGUCAAAUUAUUGCACGUAGCAGCUCAGCUAUUCCUGAAACUCUUGAUGCUGUUGCUGUACGAAAUCCGAUUAAAGUCAAUAGAGGAGGUAACCGAGGUGGAAAAGGUAGGGGAGGGAGUGGGAAGAAGUACGGGCGAUUCCAGUCACCUAACAUUCAUGUGAAUCCCCAUUUCAGGCCCCGGAUGCCAGUAGGUGGACCUCAGAUGUGGAACAGUGGAUACCAUGGUCCACCACAGCCACCUUCUUUUCAGCCAUCUCAUCCUAAUUAUGGUUAUCAGCCUUCACACAUUCAGCAAUCCAACCAGUGGAAUGAUCAAGGCUAUUAUGCAAAUUCAGGACCCCCUCAGUACAAUCAACCCCCAAUGGAUAUGAAUAAUGCAAAUUGGGAUCCGAAUUAUUAUCAAGGCGGACCCUCUCAAAAUUUUGGACCACCCGGAGGAUUUCAGCACUCUGGACCUCAGAUGAUGCCACCAAGAAUGAGGCAACCCUACAAUCCUGGGCCCCGGCCUGCCUUUAACAAGAAUCAGAAUAAGCAUUUUGUUGCUAAGCAUCAUCAUCAAGGUGGGCAACAACUAGGUUGGUCCAACAACCGUCAUCAGAAACGAGAUCAAUUCCACCAUUUGGGAAAAAUGUCUCAAAAUAAACAACAGAAGUUCGAUAACAGUUCUGCUCACCGGGUUAGGAGUAACUUACAAGAGAUAAAAAUGGUCGAUUGUCUCCCAGCUGAUGCUCUUGCAGUUGAAGAAGAUGAAGAAAUGAAGGCUUAUAGAAAAAAAAUUGAAGAGCAAAAGAAGUUAAGAGAGCAAAUCCUGAAACAAAAAGAAGAAAAGAGGAUGGUUGCCGCUCAGCAGAAACAACAGGAAUCAGGAACCUCUACAACGGUGCCUGUUAGUACACCUGCUUCCGCCAGUAGCGACGGUCCCCCUGGGGUCAGUGAUGAAAGUGCUAAAAAGGUGGAGUAUAAAACUGUAAGGUUGAGAACUUCAGAUGGAAAAACGAGAUUCAAAAAGAUGACUGUUGCGGAGAUAAGGGAGUUGAGAAAAAUGAAGAAAUUUACUAAAAAAGUGAGCCCUCUACAUAAGAUUAACCCUUCUGGGGUGUCAGUGAAAGCUCCCUUACCUCAGAUUCAGAGCAGAGUUGUUGCUGUGGAAAACCUUUCAGCCUCAACCACUCAAAAACAAUUGGAAGAAAUGGCAGGGCAGGUUGGAACUGUUGAGAAGGUGGAGCUUGAUAAUGAGAAGAAAACAGCUGUAAUUAAAUUUCAACAGUUAGAAUCUGCUAAGGAAUUUGUUUCAAAAUAUCAGCGCAAAAUGGUUGAUCUAUCUAUGAUAGGCAUCAAGUUCAUACGUGAAGACUAGUCAUAGGAUUUAUUUCUAAUUAAUAGAUUAUAUAUAUGUAUAGCAUUUUAAGAUGGACUUUUUCAUUAUGUUACAAAGUUUCUUUUAUUGUAAAAUAUUUCUUUAGUUUAUUAUUAUGAUAUAUAAUAGUUACUAUUAAAAGGAAAAACUAUUAAUUUAAAAUUAGAAUACAAAUUAAUUGAGUAUAAUUUUUUUAAUGAGAACUAUAUGUAUACUUACAUAAUUUUAUAUUUAUACACUACAAAAUGACUAUGUAUUUAUGAAUACAAGUAACUAGAGCUGGAAAAAAAUUACAAUAUGUUAUUUUACAAGCCUGGUUUUGCAAAUGUAAAGGAAUUUUAUGAAAAAUUAAUAGAUGUAUGGAGAAGAAAAUGUUAAAUAAACAAACCCCUUUUCUUUCUGAAUUGUUGAUACAGAUUCUUUCCUGUAUACACUUUUUUAUAAGCAAUAUAUAUUGUAGUUAACUAUUUAUUAUGCCAUUAUUAACUUUGUGAAUGGUGUUAAGUUGUACAUUAUAAAGAAAUGUCAUUAUUGAAUACUUUUAUUUACCAUAUUUACUGUCUUUGUCGUAAUGGUAUUUGGUUAAUUUAAAAUUGUCUUCAAAUGUGUUAUAUUUGAUGAAAAAAUAUACAGAAAAGGGGAUAAACAAUCUUGAGUACUGUAUUGCUCUUUCCAUAAAUUUGUAAUAAUAUAAAUAAAUAAAGAUUAUAAAAGCUUAUGUUAGAUAGCUUGAUCAAUCAAACCUAUGUUAUAUUAUUUUAUAAUUUAUCAAUUGUUUAUAUCUGUUAUAAUUAACUUCUGGAAAAAACGAGUAUAUGGCUUUUAGAUGAGCAUUUUGCUGAUGAAAAUAGAAGAAAUUAUCAUUAGCAGUAAAAAAAAAUAUUUUAAAGAAUUGUACAAAAUAUAUUGUAAAAGAUAUUUUACCAUUCGUUAAUUACUUAUAUUCAUUAGUUGUAACUAUAGUUUUGGUUUUCGCUAUAAACUGUUACAAAGUUUAUUUUACCUUUCAUCAGCAAAAUUUCUUGUUAUAAUUAUAGAUUUUUAAUUUCCAAAAAUGAAUUACCUAAUUUGUAAGUUUUUUUAACUAGUUCAGUUGAUUUGAUUUGUCAAUUUUGUUUGAAAAAAAAAUAUUAUAUUUUACAUUAUUUGGAGGUAAUUUUACUGACAUUGUAAGGCUGUUAUGUGGUUCGUGCCUGUUAACCAUGUCAUUCAACCAUUUUGGCUACCUUGGAUGUCUGCCUAAUGGAACAAAAUCUUUGUAAGAAGUUCUAAAUGGCAUUUUUUUACUUGAAACUAUUCUAAUUUUGGCAUAGUUUGUUUAAUUAUGUUAGAAAUGUUAGGGUUCUAUUUAUGUGAUAAUAUGAUAGAUUAUUAUAUGUUUUGGGAAUUAGGGCAAUGGCAAAUUGAUUAUUGCCUCUUUCAAAUUUUUAAGUAUUGAAAGUAAUCCAGAAGUGUGAUACUUAUUUCUGUUUCUUCAUUAACAUUUUAUUUUCAAACUAUAUCAAGAGGUGACCAAUAUUAAAUUUGUCAUUUUUGAGGCAGAUUUUAUAUUUGUACAUGGUUUUGUCAUAUGAAAUGUCAGUUUUAAGUUUAAUAUCAAAAAGCAAACAAACACUAAAAAGUUAUUUAAUUAUUAUCUAUAGGCUUGUGUAUUAAUCUUCUAAAUUGGACAAUUUUACACCAUGACAUUUUGAAACUCAAGAUGGAAAGUAGAUUACAUAGAAUUGUUCACUUCAUGCUGUAUUUUCAUCCUAACGCAACUGGCAGUAAAGGAAUUUAUGAAUUUCACCACCCAUGUACCUGGUGAAAGUUUUUGAUGAAUUGAUUAGAGAAGUGCUAAUCCAAGCAACAAGAAGGAUGUGAAUAUUUAGAAAACUUGUUUUGUUAAUUAUUUUUAAUAUAAAAAAAAUGUAUUGCAAGUUUUAAUGAAGAGAAAAUCUUGUUUGUUUGGUGUCCAACAGGGUGAUAUAUUGGUUUCAAUGUUAUUUAAUUAUUCAUUCCUCAACUUAAUAGUUGGUAUGGUAGUAUCGAAAUAUGACAAAUACAGUGUUUAUCGAAAUGGUACAAAUCCUUGUUAAUGCUGAAAAUUUUGCAGAAAAUUGAGGUUGUACAAAUCUUACUAUAAUACCACUGGUAUAAACUUACCUGGGUACAACAUGGAUUCCUUAUAAUUCAGGUACAUAAAAAUUUUAUUGUAGAAUGAAAAACAUCACAAGAAAUAAAAUAUUUUUAGACACAUCAAGGAUUGUGUUAUCUGAAGAAAUGCUGAAUUGUAUUGAGAUUACCUACAUUUGAUUCUACUUGUCUCAGGUUUGAGAAGUUAAAGUAGAGUUCUCCUGUCCUUAAAAUGAACCCAGCCUUCCUAACGGGAUCCCAUCAAAUACACCAAGAGAAGAGAUACAUGACCCAGAGGAAGAUCUAGACCCCGCAGGAAGAAUUAUCUAAUGCCAGAUUUAAGAGUAGAAGUGAUAAUUUCAAUGUUAAGGGAGGAAAGUUUUUUAACUGAGGCAAAAUUAUUGAGAAUGCCAAGUAUCUCUUUAAAAAUCCAGAAGAAAAUUAAUGUUUUAAGCUUCAGAAGAGUUUUGUUAAAGGUGUCUGUUUUUAUAUAGUCAGUUUUAUAUUUGUAUUGGGUCUUUUAGUUUUUUGUCUCUAGAUAUGUGAAUUGGUCUACAGAUUAAUGGAUUUAAAGUUUAUGUUUAGAUUUCAUAAUGCGAAGAACUAAAGUUGACAAUAUUUUUUUUAAAACUAGUAACUCAUGGCAAAAUCUGUUUAAUACUACUAAAACACUCAUUUCCACUAAAUAGUUCAUAAAUAUUGUUUUGUUUGGGUUUUCAUCUCAGCUGCAAUAUUAGACUUCCUAUUUUCAUUUGUUUACAUUUUUAUUUUUGGUAAGUAAUGUUUUUUUCAUAUUAUGAUUGAAAAGAAAUAUAGUUUUCUAAUUCUAAUGUAAUUCAAGUAAUCCAUUUGUUUUUCAUAUUUUGAUAUUUUCCAUGCCCAAGACUAUAGCCUACAUUCUAUGUAUUUAGAUUAUUUCCUCUUUGAGGGUCAAAAUUAAAUCACAUCUCUCCACUUAUUAUUUGACAGACCUUCCCUCUCUUCCAGUUAUAAAUCUCAAAACUUCUCAUCUGUCAUAUUUUGAACCAAUAGAAAAUAAUUAUACAAUUAAUAGUGUCUUACAAAAGGCACCUCAUUUUGCUGCAUUUUUCUAGGUUUAUAUUUAUACAUAAAAUCAUUACAACAUAAAAUUUCCUAAUACUUAGUAGAGGUCACAUUUUUAAAUAACUUAGAUUAACUAUAAUUUAUAUUGAUCGAGCGAAAGGAAAGAAAAAUUCUUAUAAAAAACAAUUUGAAUGUUAAGGAUAUGGAGAAAGAACAAGUUUAUUAAAACUGACAUUUCAUUUAUUCAAUCAGAUAUUUUGAAAAUUAUAUGUGCGUAGAUCAGAACAGAUUUCAGGAGGAUAGGCCUAAUUAAAUAGCAUCAUUCUUUGUUUGAAUAACAUUUUUAACACAUCUAAAGAAUCAACAUUUCCUUCAGCUACUAACAAAGAUUAAUAAUUCAGAAAUGUAACAAAAAUUAUCGCUUGUCCUAGUGAAGCCAAGUCCAAGUCCUUGGUCGAUGCGACAACAAUGCAGGAUUACCACUGUCAAUUAUUGUACUCUUGCAAUAAUAAGAAGAGUGGCCUAUCUGCAGCUUACCAUUCUCUUGUAGCUGGAGCGGAAAUCGAAUCUGCAAUGACGAGGCUUUCAGUUCCACCAACAAACAUGGGUACUGUCACUUUACUGGUUAGUGAUUAUUUAGGAAACCCAGAUUUUAUGUCGCAUAACCAAUACUCGAUUGAUUAAGUUAAUAAGAAAGUUGAUGGAGUAUGUGGAUGAAGUUAUUGUAACUUCUAAUUGAGUUAUUGUCAGGGAUGAAGAAAGUAUGUGUUGGUCUGUUUUUCAGUGCUUAAAGCAAUACACUAAGAGCCUUAUUAUCUAUAUUCUAGUAUUAUGAAGUGAAAAACAAAGUGUAUUGCUGGAAAAAGGAUAUAUAUAACAAACUAAAUAGCUAUGAUAUGUAAUGAAUAAUGAAGAUCAAGUAUAAUGGAAUCUAGUUAUAAACAACUCCAUUGUAAAAGUACUUCCUCAGGAAAAAAAAAAAAAAAAAAUGGUGCAGUCUUAAAAACAAGUGAUAUAUAAAAGCUAUGCUCUUCACUUUAGUAGAAAAGAUAUUCAUCAGAGAAAUGGCAACCAUUAAUGAUUCCAACCCGAGAAAGGCACCCCUUGAUUCUUUCUCCUCAGCUUGGAAGGAAUGGAAGCCGCUAUUGGAAUGUGUUUCGUAUGUAAAUAAGUUCCAACUUGUUUGAACAAAUUUGGAUAUUUUAUUAAUUGACUCAAUAAUAUGGAAAUGAGACAUUAAACUAUUUAUUUAUCAACUUACUGUUCUGUUCUGUUAUAAGGAAGAGAGAAAAUCAUGAUGGUAAGUAUAAAUUCAGUUUAAUUUAUUUUUUUGCUAAAUUUGGUUACAGUAUUUUACAAAGCUGCCUUUCUAUAAGCCAAAAUCAUGUGUUAAUUAAUUUUUUCUGGCAUGAAAUUGCUCUUAAUCCCUCAGAAGCCUGUUGUACACCAUCAAGUAAGCACUUCUAUAGCAACUUAACCUCCACCUUUUUCCAUAUUAUCUGAAGCUACUAUAAUUAACAUCAAUUUUCUUUUAAACUUAGCUUAGACAUAUUCUCAUCAUUAGGUCAGGUGCACAAUGAACUUGCAGGUACCUAGAUAGUUCCUUAUCAAUUUCCUCAAAGUCCACCUGUUGCUUUUGUUUAUGCACACUUACAUUAAUUUUCUUAGAUGCAAAAACAGCUUAUUUGAUUUGUUUCAACAUUAGAAAUUAGUGCUAACAUAAUGCUGUAUCAAUUUUAUUGAUGUCCAUCAUCUACACUCAAAAAUACAUUCUCUUGCAGAUGCAUACAAUGCAUUCAAAAUUGUUUUUUUGAUUUGGAUCAAAGUUGGAUAACGUUUAGAGAAUAUUCUACAAAUUAUAUAGUAUCAGUUUCAUAAAAUUCCACAACUUCUGCAACUAUUAUCUUUGCUCUGUUAAUAGGAACAAAUAAAUUUUAUGAAGAAUGACGGAUAAGUUUCUAGCACAAAAAAAUUAACUAAUCCUCUGUCUUUUAUGUCCCUCCGUGUUUAAGGAAAAUUUCACCAAAUCUGUGCUGAGGUUUAUAUUUUAAUUUUUCAUAUUUAGAAAACUGCUGCAAGUUUCAGUCAAGGUGAAAAUAAACUAAUUUACACCUAUCUUCAGUUUUAAUGUUAUCUACAGUUAAUGUUUGUUCUAAUGGCUAGUAUCUUAUUUACAAUCCUAUUUCACUCCCAUGGUUAUUUUUCUAAGAACUUAUAUUUAGUUCAUGCUAUUUUCUAUGUUUUCUCAGGGCUCUACUUUUUGAUUUUUCUUGAUUUGAUUACCGAUUAUGAAAUUAGAUAAAUGGUAGAUCUAAACAAUGAGGUCAUCAAGGCGGUAUUAAAACAUUGUAGGACCCACUUGGUUAGGGAGGGUAAAUAGGAAUAAUUUUGAAAAUUUUAUGGAAAAAUGAGCAUUUUAUUCCGUUUAAAUUUGGUAUAAAGAGAGCAUAAAUCAUUGUUCAGGCACAGGGUUUAUAAUUAUAAAUAGAUUGUUUUGUCCUUUGAUGGAGGGACAAACAAUUCUUAAUGAUAGGAUUUUGGCGGCCAUGUUCCAAAGGCAUUGGUUUAAAAUCAUGUUGAUAAAAAUUAUUUUCCGGUAAUCGGUAAAGUGGGUCAGAUUAUGAAUUAGUAAUCGCGAAACUUAGAUAAAAACUUCAUAAAAAAAUUGAUUUCCUUUUUUUUAUUAUCAUAUAAAAAGUUCUAUUCCUAUUUCAUUUAAUUAUUUCAUACUUUAUUGUUUGUAGCAAUUAUUUUGCGGUAUUGUGAUCUUAUUACUCAUCUUUUUUCUUUAGUGUAUCUGUAUAGCUCUGUAAAUAUUUCUCUUAUUACUUAUGUUUUAGUUAUUCUUUUAUUAUAGUAUAUAUUUUGGGCCAGAUGUAAUGUUAAUUUUUAUGAUCAAUAUUGUUAUUCUUAAAGGACUUUGUCCCAUAAUAAAGUUGAUCCUUUCAGUUGAAGUUGAAGAGUUUCGGUUUCUGAAAAUUUUAAUCUAGGAAAAUUAAAAAAAUCUGUCAAUUAGAUAGAUUAAUCUAGUUCACAGGGCAAACUAAAGGUUUUUAAGGUCCGUUGCCAAAUUGUCAAUUGGCUUCCUUAGUUUCUGGAGGCGACUGACUGGACUCUGCACAAUUAUAUUCUACCAAAACAGCAUAUGUAUCCGAGUCCUCAAUUAAAUAUACAAUUUAAAUAUAAUCAUAAUUUUUUUGUCAAUUAAAGAGAAUAACAAGGCUCCUUUAUUUUUGAUCUUUUACUUCGUUCAAGUAAAACUUGAAUGCUCAGUACAGCUGUCUCUGAAUAGACUCUGGACAUUGAACCAUGGCUGUUUUACAAUGUUUCAGUGUGUUUUUCCCUGUACAAACUUUUUAAAAUAUUUUUAUGAUUAAUAAAACGAUUAUGAAGGAUACUGUAUUCGGCAAGUUAUCUAUGAUAUGGCAACAGUGGGUUUGGCAGGAGCAUAGCAGUUUGAUUUUGGUAUGAACAUGGUGGUGAUAUUUAUUACCACCCCUGAUCAAUGUUCUUUUGUAUUAAUGAAGCCUUGUAAAAAAUAUAAAAUUAACAAUUGAUGUAGAGUCAAGUAUAUUAAGAUGGUGAUAAGUGAUUUUUCAAUUUUUUAUAUAUUAAGUGAGCAGAGUGGGAAAAUCGAGAAUUGAGUUCUCACUGAGUUUCUAAGUUUAUGUCCCUCUUAUUUUCCUUAUUUUAUAAUAUAAAGCAAAACAAUUGAAUAGAACUGUCCUUAAUUUUUUAUGUCAAUUUUAAAUUUGAUAAUUUUGCAUAAUCGUAAUUGACUUAUUUUUUCGAAAUAGAAUCCCUAACUUUUUUCCAUAUCCAAAUGCUAUAUCAAAGUUCCUGAACGAUUGGCAUCUUAUUUGCAUCAUACUGUUGCAUCUAGCAUGUGCUUAACUAGCGUAAAGUGUAUAAAAAGCAAUUUUUUUUAACUUUGCCAAUUACAAUAUGUGGCACAUGAUUGAUAGAUAAUUGUUUAUGCUAAAUCAUGCGAUGAUACUAGUAUGGUAUUAUAAAAUAAAUGAGAGUGCAAACUUUUGUAAGACACGCUGCAGAACUAUGUUCGCUAUUUUAUCACUCCACUUACUUUAUAUAAAAAAAUAUGAAAUAAUAAAAAUUUCUCAUCUCAGAAAUACCAACAAUACGAGACCAAAUUCAAGUUUCUAUGAUGAUCCAUGUUCAAAUUAUAGAGGACUGUCACUUCGGGGCACCUACUCCCCUCCAGCCUUAACUUUCCAUAAUCUGUGCUGGCAACAUGGAGUUUCUUAGUAAGUAGGGUGUCUCAGACAAGAAUGAUAAGAGAAACCGUAGUGUACCAUUUUUGCACACUCAACUGCACUCACCGUCUAGACUAUUAUUACUUAUAUAUAUAUACGUAUAGACUAAGAUUUUGUAUUUUAAUGUACCCUUAAUUUAGUUAUUAUAAUAAUUAAAUAUUUAAUAUUUUUUCUUAUUGAAUGUUUUCAGUUAUUGGAUACUUAUAUUUUUCAAUAAAGAUUUUUAUACAAUGUGUGAAGUAUAUUAAUGAC